GUUGGGACCAUCCCGAGGAGGCGAGGUUUAGUGUGAUUGAAAAGUGAUCUUCAAGCCUCAUCAACCAACUGCUUUGAAGAGAUUCCCCUCAGUGGUCAGCGCAGGCGAUAUUCCGGACCGCUCGUGAAGAGGAAGAUUUCUUCAUCUGGGCUAGCACUGAGAAAAACAAGCAACAAAAAAAGUUGCAACUAGAAGUCAAUGGGAGGAAGAAGAUGCAUGAGAGAGAGAGAGAGAGAGAGAGAAGGGGGGAAUGAAGAUCCAGUGAAGAAUGAGUGAGAGCAUCCCCUGAGCGGGCGUGUGGGGACAAGGGAAGAAGUUGCCCAAACCUUCCCGCUCCCCUCCCUCCCUGUCUCCAAUGGAGAGCCCCGCUGCUCCACCAUGACUUGGGCAGAGUGGGUGAACCGCAGCGUGGCCGGGAACGGCUCGGGGGCGGCCGGCAACAGGUCGGGCGCCGAGGGCUGGGCGUCCCAGCGGCAGGCGGUGGCGCUGGGGGUGGCGCUGGGCGCCCUGAUCGCCUUCGCCAUCGCCGGCAACCUCCUGGUGAUCCUGUCGGUGGCGUGCAACCGGCACCUGCAGACGGUCACCAACUACUUCGUGGUGAACCUGGCGGUGGCGGACCUGCUGCUGAGCGCCACCAUCCUGCCCUUCUCGGCCAGCCUGGAGGUGUUCGGCUACUGGGCCUUCGGGCGGCCCUUCUGCGACGUCUGGGCGGCGGUGGACGUGCUGUGCUGCACCGCGUCCAUCAUGAGCCUCUGCACCAUCUCCAUCGACCGGUACAUCGGCGUCCGCUACUCCCUGCGCUACCCUGCCAUCAUGACCGAGCGCAAGGCGCUUUGGAUCCUGCUGCUGCUGUGGCUCUCCUCCCUGGUCAUCUCGGUGGGACCCCUCCUGGGCUGGAAGGAGCCCGCUCCCGCCGACGACACCGUCUGCAGCAUCACCGAGGAACCCGGCUACGCCCUCUUCUCCUCCCUGUUCUCCUUCUACCUGCCCCUGACGGUCAUCCUGGCCAUGUACUGCCGCAUCUACGUGGUGGCCCGCCGGACCACCCGCAGCCUGGAGGCCGGCGUCAAGAGGGAGCGGGGCGGCAACCGCAGCGAGCUGGUGCUGCGGAUCCACUGCCGGAGCGCGGCCGGCUCGGCGGAGGAGGCCGGCUCCUCCCUCCGGACCAGGGGCCAAGCCCUGCCGCCGCUGCCGCCGCCGCCGCCGCUGCCCCUCCGCAGCUCCCUCUCCAUGCGCCUCCUCAAGUUCUCCCGGGAGAAGAAGGCGGCCAAGACGGUGGGCAUCGUGGUGGGAGUGUUCGUCCUCUGCUGGCUCCCCUUUUUCACCAUCUUACCGCUCGGUGCUUUCUUUCCGUCUAUCAAGCCCUCUGACGUGGUCUUCAAGGUGAUCUUCUGGCUGGGUUACUUCAACAGCUGCAUCAAUCCCAUUAUAUACCCAUGCUCGAGCAAGGAGUUCAAACGAGCCUUCAUCAGGCUGCUGAAGUGCCAGUGCCGGAGGAGACGGCGGCCACCCUGGCGAAUGUAUGGUCACCGUGACUGGAGGGCAUCUACCUACAGUUCGGAGCGCAGCUCCGAGGCUGAUGUGCUGAGCAGGUCCAUCGGGAGCUGCAGGACAUUGUCGCUGAACAGUUCCUUUGCGCUGAGCCAAAGGCACCGAGGGAGCAGCAGCAGCGAGGGCAUCAGCGGAAACAGCGGCACCAGUCGGACACUCAGCCUUCACGGCUGGAAACUCUUCCCAUCCUUCUCCAAAUCACCCUUCCAACUCCGAGAGAAAAUGAACAACCUCUCCAACAAAAUCCGAAUGGGACAGCACAGGCCCUGCACAUCAGCUGCCAGUAAGGUAGACAAUGUCCCAGUGGAGUCCAUCUCCAUCGGGGUAUGCCAGGAGUUCAAAGAGCACACAGCUUAUCAAAUAUACGAAGUCACUGACUGUUACGGACUGAAAGAGACGGAUAUUUAAGAUUUCACCAUCUGCCAGAGUAGGAUUCAAACACAGAUCCCCAGUGCAUUUGUGUAAGGACCU